AUGGGCUUGCUUUCGCUUGGAACGCCCCUCGACUGGCAUGAGGCCCGUAAGCUCAACGAGCACGUGCGGAACAAUGGGAUCGAACAACUCGUCAACAUUUUCCGUCAGCACGGCGGGCGCUCGGGCGACCACUACUUUUGGGGCGACGAGGUGGAGUACAUGCUCAUUUCUGUCGACGAGAAGAACCACCGGGCUACUUUGGUCAUUGACCAGGACUUUAUUUUGGAUGACUUGAAUGACCCAGAAAAGCCCGAGGGCGUGCUUGCUGCUGAGAGAAAUGUGUCGUUCCAUCCUGAGUACGGCCGUUUCAUGAUCGAAGCAACACCUCUUCGGCCGUAUGAUGGGGCAAAGUUGGGCGACUAUCUCUAUGUCGAGAAAAACAUGCUAGACAGGCGUCUCGUGGCGCAGCUGGUGUUACCAUCUCAUGUGGUUCCGUUGACGCUUACGGCAUUCCCACGUAUGGGUUGUGGCAUUUUCACUGACCCUCCAGCCAAGCCGAUUGGCCCAGCGUCCCAAUCGCUUUUCCUUCCGGACGAGAUUAUCAACCGCCAUGUACGGUUUCCUACGCUUACGGCCAACAUCCGCAAAAGAAGAGGUCACAAGGUGGCCAUGAACAUUCCGUUCUACCCGGACGUCAACACAAAGUUGCUAGAUGACUCCAUUCCGCAGCGGGAUCUCUUCCCCUCUGAUAAAGAGCUUGCGCUUGGUGCGGCAAAACCGGGUCAUGUCUACAUGGAUCUGAUGGGUUUUGGCAUGGGUUCGUCUUGUCUCCAGGUGACGAUGCAAGCCGCCAAUAUGGCGCAGGCUCGCUACUUGUACGAUGCUUUAGCGCCUCUCACACCAGUCAUGCUAGCUGUGUCGGCAGCUGCACCUAUUUUCAAAGGAUUCUUGGUCGACCAGGAUGUGCGGUGGAAUGUCAUUUCGGGAGCCGUUGACGAUCGUACCUUUGCGGAGCGUGAUGAGGAACCGUAUGCGGGCUACGAGUUUUUUGGAGGCUUAGACGUUCCCGAAGAGGUGAAAUCGCAUUUCCAGGCCUUGGGAGGCGGCCGUGGGUUGAAUGGCGAUGCUGUGGUGAACAAGUUUGGUGACACGGGAGUGAAAACGGUGGAUGGGCGAAGCGUGCAGAAGAUCCCCAAGUCGCGCUACGACCUGAUUGACUCGUACUUGGGCGACGAGGCGUAUCGGCGCGAAGGUUUUUUCCGCCCCGCCUAUAACGAUAUCAACUCGCCCCUCAAUGGCGCAGUGUACGAGCGGCUCGUAUCAGAAAAAUUUGACGAGCCAUUGGCCCGGCACUUUGCCCAUCUCUUUGUGCGUGACCCCUUGGUGAUCUUCAACGAGCGUGUGGCACAAGAUAAUUUGUCUGACAAUGACCAUUUUGAGAACAUCCAGCUGACCAAUUGGCAGACGCUUCGCUUCAAGCCGCCCGCCCUUUACAAGGAUGCCACGCCCGAAGAAUUGGCGCGCACGCCUGGUUGGCGUGUGGAGUUUCGCCCAUUAGAGAUUCAGUUGACUGAUUUCGAAAAUGCAGCCUUCUCUGUGUUCAUUGCUCUCGCAGGAGCUGCCAUCUUGGCCUAUAACCCAGACUGGUACAUUCCGAUUCUGAAAAUCGAUGCUAAUAUGAAGACUGCCCAUAAGGUGGACGCUGCCACGAAGGAAAAGUUUUGGUUCCGAAACCCUACCACCUGUGGUCUUCGAAACGACGAUUUCAAAGCAUACGACUUGAGCUGGUUUGACCGCUUCACCACGCCGGGAAACGAUGCUAGUGCCGCCUAUACCAAUGGCUAUGUGACUCAGGACGAGGUCUCUAGUAACGUGACCGACGUCAAGAUGACUGCCAAUGAAAUUGUCAAUGGUACGGACUCGUUCCCAGGCUUGAUACGCAUGAUCGUGAGAUAUGUCGCUGCUGAAUUAGCACCUAAGGCCAAGGUUUCUGAAUUGGUGACAUUGCAGAGCUAUUUGCAGCUAGUAAGCAUGCGUGCUGCUGGCAAGAUCCCCACUACGGCCCGCUUUUUACGGAACUUUGUUUUAGAUCAUCCAGCAUAUCAACGUGACUCGAAGGUCUCUGACGCUAUAAACUACGAUCUAGUUGCAGAGACUGUUGCUAUCAGCCGGCUUGAUAAGCCAGCGCUCCUGCGGUUUUUGGGGCCAAUGGCGGACCUCGCUCAAGAGGUGAGUGAAAGACAAAGUAAGACGGAGAUCAGAAGUUGA